AUGAGUGAAAAAUUAAAAGAACUGCGUGAGAGAUCGCAGAAGCGUAAAAAGCUACUAGCUCAAACGUUAGGUGUAUCAAGCGUCAGUGAGCUUCGGCAAGCAUUAGGAGCUACUAUAGAUGUGUUGCCUAAGAAGCAGGCUGCCUCUGAGUUUAGUUCCGAUGGCAAUGAGAAACCGGUACCUAAAGAACCCGAUAGUUUGGUCUAUACCGAUUCCUCUACUUUUCUUAAGGGCACACAAUCAUCAAAUCCCCACAAUGAUUACUGCCAGCAUUUUGUCGACACUGGACAGAGACCUCAGAAUUUUAUCCGUGACGUUGGUUUAGCUGAUAGAUUUGAGGAGUACCCUAAACUCAGAGAACUGAUCAAACUAAAAGAUGAACUCAUUGCCAGGACUGCAACCCCUCCUAUGUAUUUAAAAUGUGAUCUGAAGACAUUUGAUCUCAAAUCAAUGGGUAGUAAAUUUGACGUGGUGUUAGUGGAACCACCGCUGGGGGCUGGCUGGCGCUGGCGAGAUGUACUGGCUUUAGAACUGCAUCAUAUUGCUCAGCCGAGGUCCUUUGUGUUCCUGUGGUGUGGUAGCUCAGAAGGCCUCGAUAUGGGCAGAGAAUGUCUCAAAAAGUGGGGAUUCCGUCGCUGUGAAGAUAUAUGCUGGAUAAAAACGAAUAUCAAGAAUCCAGGACACUCCAAAAACUUGGAACAUAAUGCCGUAUUCCAAAGAACAAAGGAACAUUGUUUGAUGGGGAUCAAAGGAACGGUCAGGCGGUCAGUCGAUGGAGACUUCAUACAUGCAAACGUGGAUAUAGAUUUGAUAAUUUCUGAAGAUCCUGAGUUUGGUAGCACGGAGAAGCCAAUUGAGAUAUUUCAUAUUAUGGAGCAUUUUUGUUUAGGACGUAGAAGGGUACACCUCUUUGGUCGUGACUCCACAAUCCGGCCGGGCUGGGUGACCAUCGGCCAUGAACUGACUAAUUCUAAUUUCAACGCUGAACUAUAUGCUUCAUACUUCACCGAGGGUAGAGAAACAACAGGUUGUACAGAGAGAAUAGAGGCUUUAAGGCCUAAGAGUCCUCCGAACACUAGCAAGGGGUCGAGGCCUAGAGGCCGAGGUGGGUUUAGAGGCAGAGGUCGAGGUCGAGGCGCGAUAUAACCAUUUAUGUUCCUUAAUUAUUUAAACUUGACUGCAUAAUUCGUAUAGAUGUAAUCUGACGUAUAAAAGUAAAACCUGACCUAUGCAUAAAAAAUGUACCAAGAACACAAUAUGGUGUCUAUAAAGUCAUUUAAUAACACUUUAACAUAUUUUAUUUUUAUCAAAUAUAAAGUUUACAUUGACAUAUAGUUUUGAAGAAUUUUCAAAUUCAGUUUAAAUUAAAAUUAACUUUUAGUAAAAAAAUUUAUGGUUAAACAAUUUCAAAAAAAGAAAAAAGUAUUUUAUUACACUAAUUGUGGUGUUAUCAAAAACUACAACAAGAAUUAAAAAUGUAGAAAAAAAAUUGAUUGUGUGUAGUCGAUUUACGGACGAUAAUUUUACGUGAUAACGUCAUAAACAUUGAAGAAAAAUUGCAUAUUUUUAACUGAAUUAAAUUGAAUUGUUAUUACUGAAUUAUUUCGAACUGCUAGCUCUAACGUUACGCGAGAAGAAAGUUAAAUGUGUCACAAGCCAACGCUUUGGCCGAUCGUGCCUCUAUCGCUUGCACGCUCAGGCUCGGGCAAAACGUGACACUUGUUGCGUGGAGCCGGUGUUCAUUGAUUUAUAAGACGUUAUCAGUAACAUACGAUGUACUCGAUAUUGGUUUUCAUAGCUUACUAUUUACAAGUAAACAUAGUAAAAAUACUGUUAAACAGGAUUAAUACACAAUUUUGAACUUAAACUACAUUUUUAUGUCUUCCAUACUCAUCAUUUCUGUAAUCUAAAUUUGUAUUUAUUUUUUAAUUACAGCACAAAAUGCAAAAAUA